GUCUUGCUCUAUCGCCCAGGCUGGAGUGCCUGGAGUGCAGUGGUGUGAACUCGGCUCACUGCAAGCUCCGCCUUCUGGGUUCAAGUGAUUCUCCUGCCUCAGCCUCCCAAGCAGCUGGGAUUACAGGCGUGAACCGCCAUGCCCGGCUAAUUUUUUGUAUUUUUAGUAGAGACAGGGUUUCACGUUGCUGGCCAGGCUGGUCUUGAACUUCUGACCUCCUGAUCCGCCCGCCUCGGCCUCCCAAAGUGCUGGGAAUACAAGAGUGAGCCACCGCGCCUGGCCCUCAAUUUCCAAUUCAGUAUUUUCCUCACUACCUAUGCUAUUAUGGAAUCUUGUGAGCUAUGGUCAAGACGUUCAAGUUCUGGUUCUACUGAGUAAUCUGAGUCUGAGUAAAGUGAUUGCAAUAUCUAUUUCACAGGACUGAAAAAUAAGAAAGAUGAUGAAUCAAAGCACCUAGUGCCUGGCAGGGAGUAUUUUGCUCAAUAGGUAUUUGCUUCCUUCCUAAGGCUGUAGGGAAGAUGAUGAGAUAAUGCCUUUUAUGAAAGAGGGCUGUAAACGUAAAGAUCUGUACAAAUGUUAACUUCAUUGUCACCCGUCAGCCAAUGCUUCUAAAAUCCAGAACAUAACAACUCUAGAGAACUAAACUGCCCCCAUUGUUCUGAGACACUGGAAUUCAAUUCAGUAAACAAUCACGGCCCCCUUCCCCCAAAAUGAUAAAGACAAUCACUGCCAUUUAUUGAGCUUCCAAUUACGGGCCCUGUUUGGCACUGGGAAUACAAAGAUGAAUAGACAUCAUCCCAGAGCUAGAUGCGCGUCAGACGGUGGUCACUAGGAGGCGUGGCCGAAAACAAAGAAGUCCAUGGAACGUGGCCAGAGAUCUGUAGAGGCUGUGGGCGCUCCUAGGAGAGUCUGGCCAAGUGCCUGAGAGUUGGAAGUGCUUCACCAAGAAACAUUUGCCCAGGGCAUUGUAGGAUGGGCACGGGUUCGACAGAAGAACUUUCCAGAUAAAGAUAACACACCACCGAUAACAGAGAUAUACAAACUAGAAGUCAUCCCUCCUCUGUGUUGCCAUGGGAAUUCAAGGCCUGGCCAAACUAAUUGCUGAUGUGGCCCCCAGUGCCAUCCGGGAGAAUGACAUCAAGAGCUACUUUGGCCGUAAGGUGGCCAUUGAUGCCUCUAUGAGCAUUUAUCAGUUCCUGAUUGCUGUUCGCCAGGGUGGGGAUGUGCUGCAGAAUGAGGAGGGUGAGACCACCAGCCACCUGAUGGGCAUGUUCUACCGCACCAUUCGCAUGAUGGAGAACGGCAUCAAGCCUGUGUAUGUCUUUGAUGGCAAGCCGCCACAGCUCAAGUCAGGCGAGCUGGCCAAACGCAGUGAGCGGCGGGCUGAGGCAGAGAAGCAGCUGCAGCAGGCUCAAGCUGCUGGGGCCGAGCAGGAGGUGGAAAAAUUCACUAAGCGGCUGGUGAAGGUCACUAAGCAGCACAAUGAUGAGUGCAAACAUCUGCUGAGCCUCAUGGGCAUCCCUUAUCUUGAUGCACCCAGCGAGGCAGAGGCCAGCUGUGCUGCCCUGGUGAAGGCUGGCAAAGUCUAUGCUGCGGCUACCGAGGACAUGGACUGCCUCACCUUCGGCAGCCCUGUGCUAAUGCGACACCUGACUGCCAGUGAAGCCAAAAAGCUGCCAAUCCAGGAAUUCCACCUGAGCCGGAUUCUGCAGGAGCUGGGCCUGAACCAGGAACAGUUUGUGGAUCUGUGCAUCCUGCUAGGCAGUGACUACUGUGAGAGUAUCCGGGGUAUUGGGCCCAAGCGGGCUGUGGACCUCAUCCAGAAGCACAAGAGCAUCGAGGAGAUCGUGCGGCGACUUGACCCCAACAAGUACCCUGUGCCAGAAAAUUGGCUCCACAAGGAGGCUCACCAGCUCUUCUUGGAACCUGAGGUGCUGGACCCAGAGUCUGUGGAGCUGAAGUGGAGUGAGCCAAAUGAAGAAGAGCUGAUCAAGUUCAUGUGUGGUGAAAAGCAGUUCUCUGAGGAGCGAAUCCGCAGUGGGGUCAAGAGGCUGAGUAAGAGCCGCCAAGGCAGCACCCAGGGCCGCCUGGAUGAUUUCUUCAAGGUGACCGGCUCACUCUCUUCAGCUAAGCGCAAGGAGCCAGAACCCAAGGGAUCCACUAAGAAGAAGGCAAAGACUGGGGCAGCAGGGAAGUUUAAAAGGGGAAAAUAAAUGUGUUUCCCCAUUAUACCUCCUUGACCCCAGAAUAUUUGCCCUCUUGUACCCUUAAGAGCUACAGCCAGAGAAACCUUCACGGGGUGGAGAGAGGAUUCUAAGGCUUUUCUAGUGUGACCCUUUUCAGUAGUGCUAGUCCCUUUUUUACUUGAUCUUAAUGGCAAGAAGGCCACAGAGGUACUUUUCCUUUUUUAGCUCAGGAAAAUAUGUCAGGCUCAAACCACUUCUCAGGCAGUUUAAUGGACACUAAGUCCAUUGUUACAUGAAAGUGAUAGAUAGCAACAAGUUUUGGAGAAGAGAGAGGGAGAUAAAAGGGGGAGACAAAAGAUGUACAGAAAUGAUUUCCUGGCUGGCCAACUGGUGGCCAGUGGGAGGUGAUGGUGGACCUAGACUGUGCUUUUCUGUCUUGUUCAGCCUUGACCCACCUUGAGAGAGCGCCAUCAGGAAGGCGCAUCUUAGCAGAUGGGAGGAACUGCUGAGAGAAGAUAGGCAGAGAGCUGGAGCCCCUGGAGUUGACUGUGUCUGUGUUUGUGACUGAUUACUGGCUGUGUCUUGGGUGGGCAGAAACUCGAACUUGCUAUGUAAUUUGUGUCUAGUUAUUCAGAGGAGUAAGAUGGUGAUGUUCAUCUGGCAAUCAGCUGAGUUGAGACUUUGGAAUAAGACACUGGUUUUCAUGCGCUGUUUUUGUUUUAAAGUUAUGAAGAAAAAAAGUCAAUAAAAUUCUAAAAGUAA